AUGGCCAUGCCCAGUUCCCUCCUGUGGGCUGUUGACAUUUUCGGGAGGGUUUACACUCUCUCCACUGUUAGCCAGUACUGGGAGCUCUGUAAGGACACGCAGCUGGAGUUCAAACGGGUCUCUGCUGCCAAACAGUGCUGCUGGGGAAUAGCCUGCGACCACCAGGUCUACACCUACGUCUUCUCGGGUGAUGUUCCCAUUAGAUACCAGGAGGAGACCUAUGAGAAUCAGCGCUGGAAUCCAGUUGGUGGGUUUUGUGAGAAAUUGCUGCCCAGUGACCGCUGGCAGUGGAGUGAUGUGAGCGGGCUAAAACACCAGCAGCUUGAUAGUUUCACACUGCCUUCACCACACUGGGAGUGGGAGUCUGACUGGUAUGUGGAUGAAAAUAUUGGAGGAGAACCAACAGAGAAAGGGGGCUGGACUUACGCCAUAGACUUCCCCAGCACCUACACAAAGGAUAAGAAAUGGAAUUCUUGUGUCAGACGCAGGAGGUGGAUCAGAUACAGGAGAUACAAAGCACGGGACGUUUGGGCAAAGAUCGUGUCCCAGGAUGAGCCAGAGCAGCUGCCAGACCCUUUCAGUGACAUCUCCAUCGGAGGAUGGGAAAUCACCGAUGAGCCCCCGGGCCGUUUAUCCGUGUGGGCGGUUUCUUUACAAGGAAGGGUAUGGUACAGAGAAAAUGUCUGCCAUCACAAUCCAGAAGGUUCAGCGUGGUCUGUAAUCGCCACUCCUGGUGAAGUUGUCCAGAUCAGCUGUGGGCCAUAUGACCUCCUGUGGGCAACUCUUUGGGAAGGGCAAGCUAUUGUGAGAGAAGGAAUUGAUAGGAAUAACCCUGAAGGCAUUUCCUGGAGCAUUGUGGAGUCUCCAAGCUCUGAGAAUGGGAUUAUGCACGUCUCCGUGGGUGUUGAUGUUGUGUGGUGUGUUACAAAAGACAGAAAAGUGUGGUUUAGAAGAGGAGUGAAUUCACAUAAUCCUUGCGGGACAAGCUGGAUUGAAAUGGUUGGAGAAAUGAUGAUGGUUACUGUAGGCUUAAACAACCAGGUCUGGGGAAUCAGCUGUGAUGACAGAGCAAUUUAUUUUCGGCAAGGUGUCACACCAAGUGAGCUCAGUGGGAAGACGUGGAAGGCAAUUGUAUCCACCCGAGAGAGUGACAGGUCUCAGAGUGGGAGCUCAACAAGUCUGCUCAGUGCUGGCUGUUUCUUUACUGAUGAAAUUCAGAACCAAACAAAUGCCAUCAUUCAGGGUGAUGCAGAUACCUCCUCUGACACAGAGCUCCCCAGCGCAGCCGUGAACCCUGCCAGCGCUGCCGCCGGCGGCGAUAACGGCACCGAAACACCUGCCCCUGUGACUCCGGAUCCUCUGGACUCUGCUCACGGAGAAGCUGCUGGAGCUUCGACUCGUAAUGAGAAAGCUAAUCUGGAAAUGCAUAAAUCUACAAACCCAAGUCCUUCUGCAGAACUGCAGUGGACAAACAUUGACUUGAAGGAGGCCCAAAAGCAUCCAGUCCUGUCCCUCAGCAGCUUUGGGGAAACAUCCAGCCUGUCCUCCCUGGGCAUGUUCCCGGUGGGAGCCGAGGAGCCGUUCGUCACCGAUGAGCACCCACUGUGGGCCUGGGUGUCUGGGGGAGGCUGCCUCGUGGAUCUGCACAGCCCGCUGAAGUGGUUCACUGUUCCAUCAGGUUUGUCCUCCUCUGUGCAGUCCCUGUCCCUGCACAUCACCCCAGCACAGACGGCCGCGUGGCGAAAGCAGAUUUUUCAGCAGCUCAGUGAGAGGACAAAGCGGGAGCUGGAGAAUUUUAGGCACUAUGAGCAGGCAGUUGAGCAGUCGGUUUGGGUUAAAACUGGGACCUUGCAAUGGUGGAGGAACUGGAAGCCUUAUAAAUGGAUGGACGUUCGUGUCGCACUGGAGCAGUUCACCGGGAGCGACGGAAUGCGCGACAGCAUCCUCUUCAUCUAUUACAUGUAUCACGAGGAGAAAAAGUAUAUCCAUGUGUUCCUGAAUGAAGUCACUAUUAUAGUUGAAGUUCUGAAUGAGGCCAAACACUCCUUUGCACUCUAUACCCCUGAGAGGACGAAGCAGCGGUGGCCGAUCCGUCUGGCAGCCGCAACAGAGCAAGAAAUGCACGACUGGCUGUCUCUGCUGAACAUGUCCUGCUGUGAAAGCAGACGGAUCCAGGGCCCUCCUUCUCACCACGCCAUUUGGUCGGUGACUUGCAAAGGAGACAUCUUUGUGAGCGAGCCGUGUCCUGAGCUGGAGAACGGGCCCCACCUGAUGCCGUGUGAUCAAAUGUUUUGGCGUCAGGUUGGAGGUCAUCUCCGGCUGAUCGAGAGCAAUGCCCGCAGCGUGGUGUGGGGCGUAGGCUACGAUCACACCGCAUGGGUGUACACCGGCGGGUACGGCGGGGGCUUCACCCAAGGACUGGCCAGUAGUGCUGAUAACAUUUAUACACAGUCUGAUGUGAAAUGUGUUUACAUCUAUGAGAACCAGCGGUGGAACCCGGUCACUGGAUACAGCAGCAGAGGCCUCCCCACCGACCGCUACAUGUGGAGCGACGCGUCGGGCCUGCAGGAAUGUACAAAAGCUAACACCAAGCCUCCUUCUCCGCAGUGGACCUGGGUGUCCGACUGGUACAUCGAUUUCAAUGCCUUGGGUGGAACCGACCGGGAGGGCUGGCAGUACGCAGCGGACUUCCCAGCGUCCUACCAUGGUCACAAGACAAUGAAAGACUUUGUCCGACGGAGGCGCUGGGCGAGAAAAUGUAAGAUAGUCACCAACGGGCCGUGGCUGGAAGUGCCUCCUGUUGCUCUGUGGGACAUCUCCAUCAUUCCCAGCCCGAGGGCAGCCGGCGCGGAGGCGGUCGCGCUCUGGGCCAUCAGCGACAAGGGGGACGUGCUGUGCCGGCUGGGCGUGACGCCGCAGCACCCCGCCGGAACAUCCUGGCUUCACGUGGGCACGGAUCAGCCCUUCAUCUCCGUCUCCAUCGGAGCGUGUUACCAAGUGUGGGCGAUUGCCAGGGACGGCUCUGCCUUCUACCGCGGCUCGGUGUCACCGCAGAAGCCGGCGGGUGACUGUUGGUACCAUAUUCCUUCACCUCAAAAACAGAAGUUAAAACAAGUCUCAGUAGGACGAACAUCCGUGUUUGUGUUGGAUAAGAAUGGGAACCUGUGGUACCGACAGGGCAUCACCCCCAGCUACCCCCAGGGAGCCGCCUGGGAACACGUCUCAAACAACAUCCGAAAAAUGUCCGUGGGGCCCCUGGACCAGGUCUGGGUGAUCGCUGACAAAGUGCAAGGGAGUCACAGCCUGAGCUGCGGGACUGUCUGCCACCGGACGGGGGUUCAGCCCAUGGAACCCAAAGGCCUCUCCUGGGACUACGGUAUCGGGGGCGGGUGGGAGCACAUCACCGUCAGAGGAAACGCGACGGAGGCGUCGAGGGCUGCGCACGACACACCCGAGGAGCAGCCUGUGGGACCAGAGGAGUUGGACAAUAAGGAGGGUAAAGGGAGAAGAGAGAGCUCAAAAACCCCUCUGACGGUCAGUGAAAGUCAGGAAUUGGACAGAAAUGCUGUUAACUGUUAAAUUGUUGCCACCUACAUGUUGCAGACAAGCAGUAGUCAGGAUAAUUUAAAAAGAAACUAAACUUCUAUUGUCUGGAGAGAAAAACAACCUUUUUCUGCUACUAAUAUAUUUUACUGACCUGGAAUUUGCAAUGGAGUAUUUUAAAUACUGAUUUCAUCUGCUACAUCACCUGUAAAAUGUGACCUGAUAAAGCUAAUCAUUUUGUCAAAGCAGGCAAGCUUUGCAGCCCCAAGGAGUUCCUGACCCGUCCCAGCAGCUGCUGCUCAGCCCCAGCACGGGCAGUCUCUGCCCGUGGGCACAUUCCCUGUGCUAGUGAGGAGCGCAGGGCCCUUCCCCCACGGCUCUCCCGCUCACACGCCUCGCACACGCGUGUCUGAGCAGAGGGAAAUGUCAGAGCGGAAUUAGGGGCAGGUCCAGGGAUCAGGGCAGAGCAUUUGUACCUGCACAGGCCUCUGCUCAGGUGAGCCCCACACACAGCCAGGUCUCGCUCCAUCACCAAAAUUAACCUCUCUGCACCUCAGCUUGGGGCCAAUUUUUGCUGUCUUUGCUCACAGUAACAACUCAGUCAAGAAGUGGAACCACUGGUUUCAGCGAGACUGUUGGGGAGCACGGGCCUGUUCAGGCCAAGUGACAAAGUCUCUCUCAGUUGUCAGUCCCAAGGGUGGUAGAUCCUGGUUUGUCUCCAUCUGAGCUGGAGCCCUGGCAGGGGAGGUGCAGGGAUGCGGCUGCGCAGCGAGGAGCGGGGCUGAGACCGGGCCACUGCAAACUCUGCUUCAGCCUGGGGUCCCGGGGUGCAGAAGGACCCCCCUCACUGAUGGCAGUGGUGUUACCAACAUGGGCCCAACAACGCGCUGCUCUUUGGGUUUAGUCAGUGAUUGAUUCAUCCCUCGUCAACCAGAAACCAUUUUCUGUUCUCAAAAGCAGCUUUUUCCCUGUCUGACCAUAAUUUGGCUGUGAUGUGACUGAACCCCCGUCCCCGGGCAGCGCUGACCCCUCCCCGGGAGGGUGAGGGUGAGGGAGGCGCCGUGUCUCCCCGGCAGCGGUUCACAAUCAGGUUCCCUCUGUGUGUGACUGUAGCUGCAGUUAUUUUUCUGCGAUGCGCAGCGUGGUGUGGUCUCAGUACUGUACUUGUAGAAGUAAAACGUUUGCACGUAUUUAAAGAAUAUAUUUGGUAUUUUAAUGCCAAGGAAAGCACUGUUUCUAAGUCAAAAUGUGAAUGAAGAGUCGAUGCUUUACUGGUUAAAAAUGUGAUCAGAGAUUCCUGGUAUGUCCAUGCGUUGUGGGAGCACCAUGAAGAACGUUUGCAUUAAUUACUGUAAUAGGUUUUGCAGAACUUGCACAGUAUCUUGUCCAAAUAAGUAACUUUACGACAUGUAUUUCUAGAGAAUUAUUAGGAUUGUAUUUUUUCUGCAUCGUAACAGAAAUAUUUGUUUAAUAGUCAGUGUUUACAUCUCCAACAAUCAGCCCUGUUUCAUAAAAUAAGGUUUAAUAAUGUACCUUUGCAUUUUUCCCUGCAUUGCCAAGUUCCACUUCACUGUAUAAAGCUGGGUUUAAGUGAACAAAACCUAAAUGAUAAA